AGUGUUUACUCUCUCUCUCUCUCUCUUUAGCAAUAAUGCAGCUCCGGUCAAUGGCCGCCGUGGCCACGGUGGUCCUUUCAUUAGCUCUUUUGCUUUUACCCCAUACAACCUCAGCUCACAAUAUUACACAUAUUUUAGCAAAAUACCCACAAUUUUCCACUUUCAACCAUUACUUAACUGAAACCCAUCUCGCCGCCGAGAUUAACAGCCGGGAAACCAUCACUGUCUGCGCCGUCGACAACGCCGGCAUGGCGGAGCUUCUCUCUAAGCAUCUCUCCAUUUACACUAUCAAAAACGUCAUUUCUCUUCACGUACUUUUAGAUUACUUCGGUGCGAAGAAACUUCAUCAAAUCACUAAUGGCACUGCGUUAGCUGCUACUAUGUUUCAGGCAACUGGUUCAGCUCCCGGUUCGACUGGGUUUGUUAACAUUACAGAUCUGAAAGGUGGGAAAGUUGGAUUUGGGCCGGCGGAGAAUCACGGUACACUUCCGGCUACUUUUGUUAAAUCUGUUGAGGAGAUACCGUAUAAUAUAUCUGUUAUUCAGAUUAGUACGAUGCUGCCGUCUGCUUCAGCUGAAGCUCCGACGCCGGAACCGAGUCAGAUGAAUCUGACUUCGCUAAUGUCGGCUCAUGGGUGUAGGGUUUUUGCUGAAACUUUGUUGAAAUCUCCUGCUGAGAAGACUUUUGAUGAGAAUGCUGAUGGUGGGUUAACGGUGUUUUGUCCCGGAGAUGAUGCGAUGAAGAAUUUUAUGCCUAAGUUUAAGAAUCUGACUGCCGACGGGAAGCAAUCGUUACUUGAGUAUCAUGGGGUUCCGGUGUAUCAAUCUAUGGCGAGCUUGAAAUCGAACAAUGGCGUGAUGAAUACUUUAGCUACUGAUGGAGCUAAGAAGUAUGACUUCGUUGUUCAAAAUGACGGCGAUGUAGUGACUUUGAAGACGAAGAUUGUGACGGCGAAGAUCACCGGAACUCUUAUUGAUGAACAACCUAUUGCUAUUUUCACGAUUAAUAAAGUUCUAAUGCCUAAGGAACUAUUCAAGGCUUCAGCUGCUGCAGAUACUCCGGCGCCGGCACCGGCACCAGAUGCCGAUUCACCUGAACCAUCUAAGAAGAAGAAGAAACACAAGGCGCCGGCGGCAGCUGAUACUCCGGCGGACUCACCGGCGGAUGGUCCCAGUGACGAUUUUGCAGAUUCGACGGCGGAUGAUAACAGUGCGUUUAGUUGCAGAUCUGGACCAGUGGUUGCCGGAGUUUUGAGUAUGUGGUUUUUCUUUUUAUUGCUUUGAGUUUUUUUUUUC